GCAAUCAUUGUUCUGAAUGGAUUCAUAAUGGGAGAUGCUAGUAAAUUUACAGGAAGAUUCACUUUGUUGGUCUGCAUACUGAGUCUUUUUCUUUCAAAAAUUGUUGCCAAACCAGUAAAAUGUCCUGAAAGUUGUAUAUGUACCGAAGAAACAGCCCAAUGUUACAACAGAAAAUUGAUUCCACUGAGUUUUCCCUCAGGAGUAGUUAAUUUGUCAUUCAUGAACUCUGCUUUCCACGAAAUACGAGAAAGAAGCUUUAUGAAUUUAAAGUCGCUCCAGCUUCUUUUGUUCACUUCAAACACAUUUUAUUUGAUUGCCAAUGAUGCAUUCAAGGGACUCGAUCGCCUAGAAUAUCUCUUUAUAGAAAAUAAUAAAAUCCAGUCCAUUUCAAGACAUGCUCUCCGAGGACUUGAGACUCUAUCUCAUUUAAGUUUGGCCAAUAAUAACCUUCAAGCACUUCCUAAAGACUUAUUCAAAGACCUGGAUGCAUUAACCAAAGUAGAACUUGGUGGCAAUUCAUUCCACUGUGGUUGCAAAUUGAAAUGGCUGGUUGGAUGGUUGAUUAGCACCAAUGCAACAGCUGAUGAGAUCAUUUGUGAAAAUCCAGUUCAGUAUAAGGGAAGGAAGAUACGCAGUCUCCCGCUUAAUGAAUUUGACUGCAUAACCACAGAUUUUGUUCCUUACCAGACCCUGAAAUUUCAAUCGAUAUCAAUUGAAAGCUUUAAUUACAUGAAUGAUAUAUAUGUAGUGAUUACGCAACCUUUUGCUGGGAACUGCAGCAUAUUUGAAUGGGAUCAUGUGGAAAUGGAAUUUCGGAAUUUCGACAACAUUACUGGCAUUUCAACAGUUUUCUGUAAACCAUUGAUUGUCGAGGGUAAGCUAUUUGUUGUUGUUGCCCAGCUCUUUAGUGGCUCUCACAUAUAUAAAAGAGAUACUUUUGCCAAUAAGUUUAUUAAAACACAGGAUAUUGAUAACUUAAAAAUCAGAAAACCAAAUGACAUUGAAUCAUUUCAAAUUGAGGGAGAAUCGUUCUUCAUUAUUGCUGAUAGUUCAAAGGGUGGAACUACAACCAUCUACAAAUGGAAUGGAAAUGGAUUUUAUUCUCAUCAAUUAUUGCAUCGUUGGUACAGGGAUAUAGAUGUGGAGUACAUUGAAAUUGCUAACAAGCCACAUUUAAUCGUGUUAAGUAGCUCCCAACGACCUGUGGUCUUUCAGUGGAACAAAGGAAAGAAAGAAUUUGCUUGGCGCAUUGAUAUUCCUGAUACAGAAGAUGUACAUGCAGUCAAGCAUUUUAAAAUCAAAGAUAAUUUGUACAUUUGCUUAACAAGAUUCCUUGGUGACUCUAAGAUAAUGAAAUGGGAAGGCUCCAUGUUUGUGGAAGUACAGUCGUUUCCAUCUAGAGGAUCCAUGGUACUGCAGCCUCUUCAAAUAAACAAAUGGCAAUAUGCUUUCCUGGGAAAUGACUUCUCGCUCACCCAGAUUUUUCAGUGGAAUACAGAAAAAAGAAAAUUUGUGAAAUUUAAUGAAACCUUUUUCCUGUCUCCAAGGGGAUUCACUUUUGUAUUAGCAGACAACCGUGAGUUUUUGUUUGUAUCAAGUUUUAAAGCCAAAACACAAAUAUAUGAACACAUUAUAAUUGACACAAGUUGGACCUAAAAAGGCUGACCAAGACCUAUUUCAUGGAACUACGUGUAUAAAUGAAUAUUUUAAUUAAGUUACCGCUGAGUUUUGUACUGUUCUAUUUUUUUUUGUUGUAUUCAACACUGCAAGGAAAUCAAAAAUUCCCAUUACCAUACAAUAAUUUUACAGUUAAAUCACAUUUUAGCUCUUUAGCAAAUUGUCACUCUGAAUGAACCUAACAUAUUCAAUUGAUACUUUUGUGCAUAAUCACCUUAGUUGUCUGAGUAAUUCAUUGGAUCAUUCUGCUAAUAUAUCCUCAUUUCAAAUGAGUUUGUUUUACUUCAUGAAAGUAUGUUCUAGAUAUAUAAACCUAGAGGUUAAUAAAGCCAUUAGUGAAG